UUUUCUUAAGAUUUUUUUUUUCAAUGGAGAUAGUGAACAACAACAACAACAACGAAAUCAACGAUUAAAAUAAGAAUCUUUUUCGUCUUGGGGUUGAGCUCGCGGAUACUUUUGUAGAACCAAAUUCAGUUGUUUGAAAAGAGCCGUCCAGUUCGGUUGGAUUGGCCCAAAGAUCGGGAAUACAAAAAAGUGUUAAAAAAAAAAAUAAAAUAAUAAAAAGAGUUCCAUGACAAAAUAAAAGUGAAAUAAAAAAUAUAAUCUGAAAAAAGUGUUAAAAAGUUCAUUUUUGAAAAAAAUGGGGUACCAUUUAGUGGGCCUCUAUGGACUGUUACUAUGUAGCCUUAUCGUGCUAGUGAACUCAGAGUUGACCCCACCAUAUUUUAAUUUGGCUACUGGAAGGAAAAUCUAUGCUACAGCAACUUGUGGUGAGGACGUUGAUGGUCCUGAAUUAUAUUGUAAGCUGGUUGGUGCCAAUACAGAAAAUGAUCAUCUUGACUAUUCUGUAAUUCAGGGACAGGUUUGCGAUGUGUGUGAUCCAAAUAAUCCUGAAAAGUAUCAUGGUCCUGAAUAUGCUAUUGAUGGUACUGAAUUAUGGUGGCAGAGUCCUCCACUAUCCAGAGGCAUGAAGUACAAUGAGGUUAAUUUAACCAUUGAUUUUGGACAGGAAUUCCAUGUCGCUUAUCUCUUCAUUCGUAUGGGUAAUUCACCCCGUCCUGGUUUAUGGACUUUGGAAAAAUCUAGUGACUACGGUAAGACCUGGACGCCAUGGCAACAUUUCUCCGAUACACCCAACGAUUGUGAGACCUAUUUUGGAAAGGACACUUAUAAGCCAAUCACAAAAGACGAUGAUGUUGUUUGUACGACUGAGUAUUCAAAAAUUGUGCCUUUGGAAAAUGGAGAGAUUCCAGUUAUGUUGCUUAAUGACAGACCUUCAGCAAACAACUAUUUCAACUCAACAGUCCUUCAAGAAUGGACUCGUGCAACGAACAUUCGUAUUCGAUUAUUACGAACGAAAAAUCUUUUGGGUCAUUUGAUGUCAGUUGCUCGACAAGAUCCAACUGUAACGAGACGAUACUUUUACUCGAUCAAGGAUAUCUCGAUUGGUGGUCGUUGUAUGUGUAAUGGUCACGCUGACACUUGUGAUGUCUUAGAUCCAAAAAGUCCUGUGAGAAUUUUGGCCUGCAGAUGUCAACAUAGAACUUGUGGAAUUCAGUGUAAUCAAUGUUGUCCCGGUUUUGAGCAAAAGAAAUGGCGUCAAAAUACCAAUGCUAGUCCAUUUUUCUGUGAACCUUGCAACUGUCACGGUCACUCAAACGAGUGUGUUUACGACGAAGAUAUAGAUCGGAAAGGACUUUCGCUAGAUAUUCACGGAUUGUACGAUGGUGGUGGUGUUUGUCAGAAUUGUCAACACAAUACUGAGGGUGUCAAUUGUAACAAAUGCAAACCCAAGUAUUACCGUCCCUAUGGAAAGUAUUGGAAUGAAACAGAUGUUUGUCAGCAUUGUCAAUGUGAUCAUUUCUACUCGACUGGUAAUUGUGCUGAAGAGACUGGACGCUGUGAAUGCCGAAAGGAAUUUGAACCACCAAAUUGUGAUACAUGUGCCUAUGGUUAUUAUGGCUAUCCUAAUUGUAGAGAGUGUCAGUGCUUCCUAAAUGGAACUGAAGGCUAUCAUUGUGAGGCAGUUGAUGGCGAAUGUCCAUGUAAAAUUAAUUUCGCUGGACAUCAUUGUAAGCAGUGUGCUGAGGGAUAUUUUGCUUUCCCAGAUUGUAAAGCUUGUCAAUGUAACCGAAUCGGUUCAAUCAGCAAUGAUUGCGAUAUGGAAUCAGGACAGUGCAAAUGUUUGAGCAACUUUGGAGGUGAUAACUGCGAGCGUUGUAAACACGGAUACUAUUCAUAUCCAGGAUGCAAAUACUGCGAUUGUGAUAUUUUAGGAACCGAGUCCGAAAUCUGUAACAAAGAAUCUGGACAAUGUAUCUGCCGAGAAGGCUUUGGUGGACCUCGUUGUGAUCAAUGUUUACCAGGAUUUUAUAACUACCCUGAGUGUCAACCUUGCAACUGUUCAACGACUGGCAGUACAGCAAUCACAUGCGAUAACUCUGGAAAAUGUAAUUGCCUCUCGAACUUUGCUGGAAAACAAUGUAAUCUUUGCAGUGCUGGUUAUUAUAACUAUCCGGAAUGUUUACCUUGCAACUGCGAUUUACACGGAUCGGAGGGUGUCACAUGCAAUUUGGAAGGUCAGUGUUCAUGUUUGUCGAACUUUGACGGAAAAAUCUGCGACUCUUGCAAGGAAGGUUUCUAUAAUUUCCCCAUUUGUGAGGAAUGUAAUUGUGAUCCAGCUGGAGUUAUUGACAAAUUUGCUGGUUGUGGUUCUGUGCCAGUUGGUGAGCUUUGCAAAUGCAAAGAGCGUGUUUCGGGACGCAUUUGUAACGACUGUAAGCCAUUGUAUUGGAAUUUGAACAUAAGCAAUCCUGAUGGUUGCGAAGUUUGUGAUUGCUUUGUCGACGGUACUAUCGCUUCGCUAGACACUUGCUCUUCUAAGACUGGUCAAUGUACUUGCAAGCCACACGUACAAGGAAGACAGUGUGCCGAUUGUAAAGAUGGAACUUUUGAGUUAUUCGGUGGAAGCUUAUUCGGUUGCAAAGAUUGUGGUUGUGAUGUUGGUGGAUCAUGGGGAUCUGAUUGUGACAAAAUCAGUGGCCAGUGCAAAUGUCAUCCAAGAAUUACUGGCAGAACAUGUACACAACCGUUGACAACUCAUUACUUCCCGACACUGUAUCAAUUCCAAUUUGAAUAUGAAGAUGGCUACACUCCUGCAGGAGCUCAAGUCCGUUAUCAAUAUGAUGAUCAAGUAUUUCCAGGAUUCAGUGGAAAGGGUUAUGCAGUUUUCUCUGAUAUCCAAAGUGAAGUUAUUAAUGAUGUGACCAUAUUCAAGUCAUCUAUGUAUCGAAUGGUUAUUCGAUAUGUAAAUCCUAGCAGUGACAAUAUUACCGCUAGCAUCUUAAUUCAGUCAGACAAUCCUUUGGAACUUGAUCAAAACGCGAAAGUCUUGCUUAGACCCACAACAAGUCCCCAGUUUGUAACGGUUUCCGGAGCAAAGGGCAACAAACCAUCGCCAAUUGUCUUGGACCCUGGACGGUACACAAUCACCAUGAAGAACAACAAACAUGUUAUGCUGGACUACUUCGUUCUUCUACCAGCUGCAUAUUAUGAAGCCUCAAUCCUCACUCAAAAAAUCGAGAAUCCAUGUGAAUUAGGAGACAUGGAGCUCUGCCGACACUACAAAUAUGCAUCAGUUUCAGACUUCAAACCUGCUUUCGUACCAUUUAUUGUCAAAGAUGGAGAUGUUGCUGCUAAACCAACAGAAUACUAUAGUGAUCCUGAUCAUUUAACAAUCAUCAAUCACGUUGGCGAAAUCCCAACUAUCUCGCAAACACAAAAUGAUCUCAAGUACAUCGUUGAGGUUCCUCACAGUGGAAAAUAUGUUUUCGUCAUUGAUUACAUUACCGAGAAGAACUUUGCAGACACAUAUUUCAUUAAAGUAGCUGUUGGUAACGAUAAGGAGAACUUUGGAUCAGCUACUUUGUAUCCAUGUUUGUAUUCAAUGUCCUGUCGUCAGCCAGUGAUCGAUGAUGAGUCUCGAGAGAAAUCUUUCUAUAUGUCAGCUACUGAACUUCAACCGGUUGUGAUAUAUACUGAUUUCGACGAUUUCGUUGGUCGAGUAGCAAUUAUUUCAAUCACAGCUAUUCCAUUGGAGAACUGGUCAAUAGACUACAUCAUGCCAACACCAGUUUGUGUUAUUCACGACGGAAAAUGUUCCACACCGAAAUUCGGCUCCGUUCCAGAUUCCAAGAAAAUCGAAUUUGAGUCAGAUCAUGAAGAUCGAGUUGCUACCAAUAAACCACCUUAUGCUGCAUUUGAUGAGAAAGUUCGUCUUGUCCAUUUGGAUCAGCAAAACUCGACAAUUGUUAUUGAAUCUAAGGUAUUGGAACCAGGUCGUUAUGUGAUCCUUGUCAAGUACUACCAACCAUAUCAUCCCAAAUACCGAGUUCUGUACACAUUGGAAACUGGUAAGCAGUUCUAUGAUGGAAAAUUCGACAUCAAACACUGUCCUGCUAGUUCAGGAUGUCGAGGAGCUAUUCAGCCAAUGGGUGACAAUGUUUGGUUUGACAUUGAAGAUGAAUUCAAAUUCACCAUAACGAACAACCGUCCUCAAGGCCUUUGGUUGGAUUAUCUUGUCUUCGUUCCAAUUGCCAAGUACAAUGAUGAUCUUCUUGUUGAAGAAACCUUCGAUCAAACCAAGGAAUUCAUUCGAAACUGUGGACAAGAUCACUUUUACAUAACCUACAAUGCCAGUGAAUUCUGUAAAAAGGCUGUAUUCUCGUUAACAGCUGAUUAUAAUGGUGGAGCUCUACCAUGUAACUGUGACUAUGACGGAUCAACAAGUUUCGAAUGUGAUCCAUUCGGUGGACAAUGUCAGUGCAAACCGAAUGUAAUUGGACGCAAGUGUACUGCCUGUAAAACUGGUUUCUAUGGCUUCCCAGAUUGUAAGCCUUGCGAUUGUCCCGUAACUGCUAUGUGUGAAGCUCGCACUGGAGAAUGUAUCUGUCCACCAAAUGUUAGUGGAGAUAAAUGCGACCAAUGUAUGCCAUACACUUAUGGAUUCCAUCAGAUAAUUGGAUGUGAAGAAUGUAACUGUAACUAUCUUGGAGUCGAGGGUGGCAAUAUGCAAUGUGACCUCCAUAAUGGGUCUUGCGCCUGUCGUCACAAUAUCGAAGGCCGUGCUUGUGACACCUGUUUGAAUGGAUACUUUGGAUUCCCACGUUGCGAUCUUUGCAGCUGUAGCAUUGCUGGAACAGAAUUUGAAGUUUGCGACAAAGUUGACGGAAAUUGCUUCUGCAAGAAGAAUGUUGAAGGAAGAAGCUGUGAGCAUUGUAAAGACGGAACUUAUAACCUGCAAGCUUCGAACCCCGAAGGUUGUACUACAUGUUUCUGCUUCGGAAAGACUUCACGUUGUGAAAGUGCCUAUCUAAGAGUCUUCAAUGUGAGUCUUUUGAGAAAUGUCUCCCUGAGUAUUGUCAACUUUGACAAUAAUACUGUCGACGUAGAAUCUUGGGAAGUGCCUUCCGAACAAAUUUUCGUAAACGAAACAACCUUACAAGCUGAUUUCUCCCUUAAAGACAAUGACAACAAUUUCGUUUACUUUGGAGUCUUGGAUUAUCUUCUUGGUCAAAACAGUCACAUAACAUCGUAUGGUGGGGAACUUGUCUACAAUAUUUACUAUACUACCGGUCUUUUUGGAAAAGCUCUAGUAGCCCCGGAUGUGAUUUUGAUUGGCAAAAAAGAUAUGCUCGUUCAUCAAAGCUACGAACAACCAGCUCAUGAUAUACUCUUCAAAAACCGCGUUCAAAUGGUUGAGAAUAAUUUCCAGAGAAUGAACGGAAAGCCGGUGACUCGUGGAGAGUUCAUGAUGGUAUUGCGUGAUUUGAAAGCAAUCUUCAUUCGGGCGAACUAUUGGGAACAAACUGUUGUAAGCCAACUGUCCGACGUGUAUCUUACACUUGCUGAUGAGGAUGAAGAAAACUUUAACUUGUAUCAAAUGCUGCCAGUCGAGAGGUGCUAUUGUCCACCAGGUUAUUCGGGUCUAUCUUGUGAAGAUUGUGCUCCAGGAUACUACAGAGAUCCUGAAGGUCCUUAUGGUGGAUAUUGUAUUCCGUGCAACUGUAAUGGACAUUCUGAAAACUGUGAUUGUGCUACUGGUAUUUGUAAGAACUGUGAACAUUCUACAACUGGAGACCAUUGCGAGAUGUGUAUUGAAGGAUACUAUGGAAACGCAACUUUUGGCUCACCACAUGAUUGUAUGAUCUGUGCCUGUCCAUUGCCAUAUGACUCAAAUAACUUCGCUUAUGGUUGUGAGAUCUCUGAGUCUGGUCAAAAGAUUCACUGUGAGUGCAAGCCAGGCUACAUUGGAGCCCGUUGCGAGAGUUGUGCCCCUGGCUACUACGGAGAGCCUGAGAAACAAGGUGACUACUGUAAGCCUUGUGAGUGCUCUGGAAACAUUAACGCCGAUGUACCUGGUUCAUGUGACACUAUUACCGGAGAGUGUUUGAUGUGUUUGAACAAUACCUCAGGACCAGCGUGUAAUCUUUGCGCUCCAGGUUUCUAUGGAGAUGCUAUCAAGUUGAAAGAUUGCAAGAGUUGUGAUUGUGUUGAACUUGGCACAAUGGAGUGUGAUCCUUUCGUCGGAGUAUGCAAGUGUCACGAAAAUGUUAUUGGAGAACGUUGUGAUCAGUGCAAACCUGAUCAUUAUGGUUUUGACUCAGGAUUGGGUUGCAGGUCUUGUGAUUGUGGUGUGGCUUCAAACAGCACUCAGUGUGAUGGUUAUACUGGAAACUGUGCUUGUAAGCCGGGUGUUACCGGAAGACAGUGUGAUCGUUGUGGAGUUGAUUUCUGGAAUUAUACUUAUGAAGGAUGCACACCUUGUAACUGUAAUCGGGGUUAUUCACGAGGCUUUGGUUGCAAUCCACUGACCGGACAGUGUGAGUGUUUGCCUGGAGUUAUCGGUGAAAAAUGUGAUCAUUGUCCAUAUCGAUGGGUUCUUCUCAAGGACGAAGGCUGUGCUGAGUGUGAUGGUUGCCAUCAUGCUUUGCUCGAUGUUACCGAUGAGCUACAAAAACGUAUCGCACCAGUAAUGGAAGACUUCCAAUCGGUUGCUCUAGCUUUCUUCACAAGUCAGAAACUUAUCUAUUACGAUGAAUUGGGUGAAAAAAUCCGACCCGAAGUUGAGGCUUUGGAUCCGAAGGGAGUGAAUCUCAAUCCGGCACGUUCAGCUAUCGAUGAGCUAGAAAGUAUGACAAAGAUCCAUGGAAAGAGUGUAAACUAUACCGACUUUAAUGCUCUGGAAAGCUUAGGGACUUCUCAGUUAUUAUUGGCUAAUGUAUCAGCGGUGUUUAAUCAAACAAAAAUGGAUAAAAUUGAAGCAAGGGAAGCAUUGCAAACAGUUGAAAAUUUGGCAAAGAGCUUUGAUACCGCUGCCAGUACUAAGAUAGAAAAUGCUCUCUCAGAAGCUGAACGAAUUCUUGAAAAGAUUACAGUGGUAACCAUUGAUUUGGAUCCAUCAACUAAACUUCUUGAAAAGACUACCGAACUUUUGGGUCAAAUUGAUGGAUUGAUUGAACCUGUAAAAAUGCAAAAUAGGUCUUUGGAAAGUCUUAAGAACGAUAUUGGAGGAUUUAAUGACAAACUGCAAGAUCUCUACACAUGGAGCAAAGAGUCUGUCAAUAGGUCAUAUGAAGUUGAAAAAUUAAACGCCUUAAAUAAGGAGUCUUUUGAUAAUUCCAAAUUCGAUACAGUUGCUGAUCAAGAGAAUGAAGCUGAAAAGAAUAUUGUUGACGCAGCGAAAUUCUUCGAAGACAGUUCGACAACUUUGAACUCAAUUGAUCAGAAUUUGCAAGAUUUGCGGGAUGUCUUUGAUCGUCUGAAAGAUGUUGAUAAUCAUAUUGAAGAAAUGUUACCGGUAAUUGAUGAUGAGUUCCGACAAGCUCAAGGAGUAGUUUUGCAGGCUGAACAACGUGCUAACGAAUUGAAACAUAAAGCAAAUUCUUUGUCGGAUCAGUACUCAAAUAUCACUGCUAACUCUGAGCAGGCUAUAAAGGCUUCCAGAGCUUAUGGUGACAUAUUUGAUGUUGUUGCUGGAGCAAAGGAAUCUGCUCAGGCUGCUAAAUAUGCAGCUGGUAAUGCAACUGAAUUGAGCAAUGGGAUAGAAGAUCGUGCUGGAAAUGCUGACGUAGACUCUGGAGAACUUCUUCAGAAUGCUAGGGCCGCCCUUGUCAAGGUCCAAAGUGAACUUGAACCUCAUUUGAAUCGUUCAUCUGACGCUGUUGGAGCGAUUUCGCAGACCAAUGCCAAAACUUUGAAAAAGCUCGAUGAAAUCAACUUAAUCCUCGAACAGCUACCUCAAUCGCAAAUGGACAUUUGGGAUGAUUCUAAUGUUCAAGCAACUUCAGCCUUACAAGUGACCAAAGAAGCUCUUGAAAAUCUCAUUCCAGUAGCCGACUACACACCAAAAGACUUGGAGAAAGCUCGUAACAUUUCCAAAGACAUCGAUGCUGCUUCUAAAGAUAUGUCUCAAAUUAAAUCCCAAAUUGAUAAUGUCAAUUCUCAAGUUCCCAUUCUUAACGAACUUGCUGACGAUGUUAGCAGAAAACAACAAGAAACCGAAGUUCUUGGGCAAGAACUAGCCGAUCAAAUUGAAGAUUUGAAACGACAAAUCGAAACAGCUCGACAAUUGGCCAAUGAUAUAGCUGUAGGUGUUAAAUUUGAACCAAGUACUAUUCUUGAACUGAAAGCUCCAGAAACCUUGCCACUACUUGCAACCAAGUCAAAGGUUUCAGCAUUCUUUAACACUGAAAACAAAUAUGGUUUCCUUAUGUACCUUGGAAAUGACAAUAAGAGCGCUGCAGCAACUGGUACUGGUUCGGGACCAAAGAAUAAUGAUUUCAUGGCUCUUGAGGUUGUCAAUGGUUAUCCAGUUUUGACUCUUGAUUUAGGAAACGGUCCAGAACGUAUCACGAAUCCUAAAUAUGUUGCCGAUGGAAAUUGGUAUCAAGUGAUAGUUGAUCGUGUUGGAAGCAAUGCCAAACUAAUCAUCAAAGAAGAACUCGAAGAUGGAACGGUUAAGGAUCAUGUCACUGAACAAGGAUUGGAAGGAUCAAAUAACGUGUUUAAUGUUGAUCGUAACAGUCGUCUAUUUGUUGGUGGAUAUCCACCAGCUUCAGACUUUACCAUCCCAGAAGAUAUUGAAACAAGCUCAUUUGUUGGAGAAGUUGAAGAUCUUCGUAUUGGUGAAGAACACGUUGGUUUAUGGAACUUUGUUGAUGCUCAAGACAAUAACAAGGGCAUUCCACCACGUGAUAAGCUAGUAAGCUCAGAAGCACCACCAACUGGAUACCGUUUCAAUGGUAAUGGAUAUGUUGUUCUAUCAGCUGCUCAAUACAACUUCAAGACCCGCUCGAGUGUACAAUUCAGCUUCAAGGCAUCGAAGGACAGCAAAGAUGGUCUUAUGUUCUUCUACGGACGUAACCAACAUUUCAUGACAGUUGAAUUAUUGAAUGGUGCAGUGUUCUUCCGCUAUAAGCUUGGCGAGUACAUGGUGUCACAAGGUACCAGCGAUCGAUACAAUGACGAUCAAUGGCAUCGUGUUGUUGCUGAGCGUGACGGUCGUCGUGGUAUAUUGAAGGUCGAUGAAAAAUUGAUCUUCCAAGAACAAACUCCUCCUGAUACUGAAGAAAACUUGCAACCAUUGAAGAAAAUGUUCUUCGGAGGUCAUCCUAAUAAACGUACACAUCCAGAAAUUGUCAGGAGCAACUUUGAUGGUUGCAUCGAUGAUGUUAUGGUAUCGAGCGUAAAAGUUGAUCUUGGAUCGAAUUUGAAUGCAACAGGAGUACGUCCCGGAUGUCCAGCGAAAUAUUCAACUACGUUAUCAUUCGCUCCGACUGAAGUUGGUUUCUUACGGAAGACCAACAUUACUUCGAAUAACAACUUCAAUAUCAAAUUGAAGUUCAAGACCAUUCAGAAGGAUGGAAUUAUAUUCUACGGCACGAAUUAUGACCAAAGUGCCACGAUUGGUUUGACAUUGGAUGAUGGACUUCUAAGAUUGAGAAGUUCAAAUCAAGAUCUUGUGAGCGAUAAGACUUUCAAUGAUGGAGAAUGGCAUAGUGUGACAGUUGUUCAUGAUAAUAUUCGUUUGCGUUUAGCUGUUGAUGAUGAAUAUGAUUAUCAAUCUUACAAUGCUCCACCAAGACUGGACAUAGCUAUGGGAGAUAUUUUCUUCGGAGGCUUACCUCACAAUUAUAAGUCUAGCAAGGGAGCUUUGUCAACUCUUGCAUACUUUAUUGGGUGUAUCAGUGAUGCAACGAUCAAUGAUGAAGUCUUGAACUUUGGUAACAGUGCUGAGAAGGAAGCGGGCAACAUAAAUGGAUGUCCAUCAGAUAUCUUAGAUUAUGACGUCACGAAAGUACAAACAUACUUCCCAUCUUACGAGUCGCCUGAAUCAGAAUUAAUUCCUAUUGCUGUACAGCCAACUUCAACAAGCACGACUACUACAACAACAACUACUACUACAACGACUACAACCGAAGCUCCAGUUAUUACAGAAGAGCCUACAACAGUAACUGUACCUACAACAAGUACAACAACGACCACCACUACCACAACAACCAAACGACCACCACCAAUAGAAGAACCUACUGACAAACCUGCUUGUGCAUUACCAAUUGAUCCAGCAUACGAUGUAGAAUAUGCUGAUGCUGGGUACCGUUUCCGAGGUAUUCGUGAGCAACGUCUUGAGAUUGAUUCACUGCCAAUAAGAAUGCGAAAGCAUUACGAUAUAAGUCUGAGAUUCCGAUCAUCUCUAGAUAGCGGUUUGCUGUUCUAUGCAGCCGACAAACGGCAUACCGACUUUGUAGCGGUCUACCUGCACGAUGGUAAGAUCUACCAUCAGCUACGAGUUGGGCAAAUUGUUGCUAAUCUUUCAACUGCGAAACUCUAUGAUGACUAUGAAUGGCAUACAGUAGAGUUCUUGCGUCAGCCGAAAAAGGUUAGCCUGAUAGUUGAUAAGGAUGAAGAACAAAGUCUUGAUAUGGAAGAACAAAAUGUAAGACCAUUUGCAUUGAAUUUCCCAAUUUAUAUGGGUGGCAUUGCAAGUCAAGUGGAUGAUGAUUUGAACAGUAAUACGCUCUUGGUUAAGGGAUCAUUAUUCAAGGGUUGUAUCAAGGAAAUACUUUUCGAUAAAAGGGAGCUGGAAAAUCCUCCAACUGAUAUUGGAGUGAUUCCAUGUUCGGAUGAAGUAGAGAGAGGUUUCUUCUUUGGUCGAACUCCUGGAUUUGUGAAAGUCUUUGAACACUUUUCAGUUGGUUCUGAAAUGAGUAUAAGUUUCGAUUUCAAACCUAGGACACAAGAUGGUCUGCUGUUUUCAGUGCAUGGCCGAAAUGCUUGGAUGAUUUUGGAAUUGGUCAAUGAUACUUUGGUGUUUAGUGUGAAAACUGAUGAAAAGAACACAAUUGAAGCUACAUACACUUUGAGUAAUAGUGAGAGCUUCUGUGAUGGCAAAUGGCGUACUGUGCAUGCAGUCAAGUCUAAGUUUGUUAUUACUUUGACUGUGGAUUCUAUAAGUUCGAUGCCAGCAAUUGGAACUGAGGGAUCGACUAGUACACGAACAAACAGACCGUUGUUUAUGGGUGGUCAUCCGAACUUGCACAAGGUGCCUGGUUUUAAGACCAAGAACAUAUACAAGGGCUGCAUUAGAAACAUUAGUGUGAAAGGCAACCCUGUACGUAUUAAGCCGGAUAUGAUUCGUGGCGAUGUGUGGCCAGAUAUCUGUCCUCUUAAUUAGUAAGUUUUAGUUAAAGACAAUAUGAAAAGAAUUUUUUAAGUGUUAAAAACUUGGAUAAUGUUGACGGAUUUGGCUUUUUGUAUGACUAUAUCUAUGAAAUAUUGUUUUAUAUAUCUAUGAUUUUUAAUUUUUUUACUACCUAUUAUUACUUUUUUACUUGAUUAUUCUUUCUUUUGAUUUUGCCAGUAAUAGAUUUAAUACAAAAAUAAUGUAAGCUCUUAGUUUCUGCCAUUGAAUUUUUUAUUAAAUACAUUUUUUAUUUUAUCACUGAAA